AUGGAGCCAUUAUUUCGUCGCAAGGAGGCGACCACCCGAACCUGUUAUUCGGUUAGCCCACCGCUAUCCCAUCGUCCACAUUCUACUGGUGGCACUCUAGAGUCCAUCAGUAGUCACGGUAAGGGAGCAAUUAAAAGUCCCAUUCGCACCACUAUAAACAAUAUCGGCAAACGCCGUAGGGAUAGCUUCCGCGUCUCCCGACUUCCGCGACAACUGUCAGCAUCGGCCUGCCACCAGAUGAAGAUAAAGAAUGAUUGUAUACCCAGACGGGAAAUAAAAACCCACCAAGAUUUCGCGACGCGUCCGGAACUGCAACGAUCAUUCACAAGCCCUGUUGUCGGUCAUGCCAAUACCGUGGACAGUCAAAGAGACAACCAAAGCUCUGAAAACCAAAAUGAGCUUCAUCAUACACAACCUCAAAUCAAAGAACUAAUAGAAAACGAAGAUGUGGAUAUGGCGGAGGCGGUUGCUCAGGAAGCACAGCCCUAUCAGAUGUUUAAACAACUUGAGACCCAUUCCAUCACAGAAGAACAACUGAUCAACGAAGUGAAGGGGAUCUACAAGGGUCUAGUCAUGGUGGAGAAAAAAUGCAUUGAAAUCGACAAACAGCAGAUGGAAUCAAAGGCCGAAUUAUCGACACUCCAAUGGCAGGCCCUUGGGUCGGCGCACAAAACGCUUCUCUACGAACAUCACGACUUUCUUCUAGCAUCUCAACAUCCAUCAGCCGGACCAGUCUUGAAACAUCUUGCUGAAAAGUACGCCAUGCCAGCGCGAAUGUGGCGGUACGCAAUUCAUUCCUUCUUGGAACUGAUGCGCCAGAAGCUUCCAGGCUCGAUAGAGUAUAUGCUCGAUUUUAUAUAUUUCUCUUACUCGAUGAUGACACUCCUGCUGGAGAGUGUCUCUGGUUUCAAAGUGACGUGGAUUGAAUGUUUGGGCGAUUUGGCCCGCUACCGAAUGGCCGCUGAAGAAUUCGAUAAGAGAGACCGUGAUCUCUGGGCUGGAGUGUCCAGGUAUUGGUAUAACCAAGAUGCAGAACACACUCCAGAAACCGGACGCAUCCAACAUCAUCUUGCCGUGCUGGCUCGCUCAGAUGUUCUUCAGCAAAUCUUCCACUACACAAAGGCAUUGAUCAGUAUACGCCCUUUUCCCAAUGCGCGAGAUAGCAUGGUCCAAGUGAUCACCCCGCAUAUGAACGUGCCCACUAAGAAGCAAAAUCUGAUUACUUCUUUUGUGGCUGCCCAUGGUGCGCUUAUCACCCAGGCCCCGGCCGAGGAGUUCGUUUCUCGGAGUAGUUGGUUCCUUUCGACUUUACAAAGGGAUAUCAACCAUUUGGGCCGGCAAGGACUCCAGGGUGUUCAGAUAGUAUCUUGUAAUAUCGCCGCGAUAUUUCAAUAUGGACACGAAGAUGGAGUUAUGGCCAAAGACUUCCCAUUUAAGAACUGCACCGCGUCAGCAGAAGAUUACAGAUUGUCGAUGGAGUGGGCAUCUGGUGCGACGCCGAUUAAAGCUACAUAUACAGAUAUCUCAUCUCAGCUUGCGUUUCGAGCGAGCUCUCUCGCAUUCCACACUUUGAUCGUCAUGCUUGGUCAAUCAGGUGACCCAAACAUGUACCCGGGCGUGCAUAUCUCUAUGGCAUUCGUGUGGUGUCUCACACUCAAUCCGGCUGCGAUCCAACGUCUUGAGCCGCUGGUUCCGUGGAUGGCAGUUGCAUCGUACCUGAACGGCUUGUUUACACCGGAUACCGACCUAUCCAAAAUUGAAAAUGAAUUAUUUCCGCUGCUGGAAGAUACAGCAGUAAAGCAAUUACCGGAGGAUUUUUUGAUCAGAGGACAGGCUUGGAGCAGGCUUUAUUACCCGGAGAAAUUCUUCGAGGGGGCUCCUUGUGAGGACGAGAGACCAUCGAUCGAACAGCCUUCUACAGUGAUUUCUAGAUUACAUCGAUGUCUCUGGCUGGGAGUGCGGAUUGCAACUUUCACUCGCUGGAUCACGUACGACCCGACAACACGAAUAUUCACGCCGACUUGGUUAGCACACAACUAUGCGCCGAUUGCUGAAUCUACCAACUAUCUCAGUGGCAAUUUGUACUCAGUGGUAACCCAGCCAGCGCAAGCAGAUCAAGAAAUGCAAGAAGCCUGA